AGAUCGCAGAGACGACGGGUUGCCGGGGACACUUGGGAGCUUGUGCAUACUCAUCCUGGUCAGAGCGGCCGAGACAAGCCACGGGAACUCAAUAUGGAGAAGCAGGAAUCGAUAUGGACUCGUCGUAGCAAUCUUAGCAGCCUCUCGCUGUCCACGCCCGGCCCGUCCGAUAGCUCUCCCUCCACUACCCCGCGAGACUUCUCAAGCCUGGCACGCCGAAAUGGCGGUACCUCGUCCGCCACCCGCUCCAACCCCUUCAGCGCAACCACGCCCGGCGGCCUCACGUCUCCGACCAGCGCUGGCGGGUCUAACCAAUUCGGCCUCGGGUCCGGAGCGUUCGCAUCCUUCGGCUCGGCAAAGACACCAAAGGCUCAAGGCAAUCCCUUCGAGCAUGCGAUGGGUGCCGUCGGCGCCAAGACCCCUUCCUCCGAGAAGACGACCAAGGAGGCCGUGCGAUCUACCGCUAGCAGCAAACCCUCGAUGGGCUCCAUCGCCGAGACGGGGUCCCAGCAGGCCUCGGCGCCGACCACACAUCCCCUCCGCGACACCUGGGUCUUUUGGUACCGCCCUCCCAUCACCAAGGCCAACGGUUAUAUCGAAUAUGACAAGACGUUGCACGCCAUGAUGGCGGUCAAGACGGUAGAAGAGUUCUGGCUAGCCUACUCGCACCUCAAGCGGCCUUCCUCGCUCCCUACGGUGUCGGAUUACCAUUUCUUCAAGAAGGGCAUCCGUCCGAUAUGGGAGGAUGAGGAGAACAAGCAGGGCGGAAAGUGGGUCCUUCGACUGAAGAAGGGCAUCGCCGAUCGCUAUUACGAGGAUCUCCUGCUGGCUUGCGUGGGCGAUCAGUUCAGCGACGAUACUGACGAAGUUUGCGGCGUCGUGCUGAGCAUGCGCAAUGGAGAGGACGUAUUGAGUAUCUGGACCCGUAGCACGGGACAGAAGGUCCUCAAGAUUCGCGAGACGAUGCGUCGCGUGCUCAACUGCCCUGCUGAAACUCGCCUCGAAUUCAAGAGCCACGAUGCCAGUAUGCAGCAGCGCUCAGCCAUCGACGAGAUGCGCCGCGAAAAGGCAGCUCAGAACCACCACGGAGAGAAACGACCGCACAACAACAACACCAAGACCAGGCAAUCGCAAGAUGAGCAGCGAUUAUAGUCGGGCCGUGUCGAGAGAGGCCGACACCGGAGCCGGGCACAGGCGUCGAAAUGCGCUCGUGGUGCCAUAGACAAGUUUUAAAUCAACGUAUUAUUAAAAGAAAUAUAUGGCUCUUACUAAAGAUGAACGAGAUAUCCCGGUGAGGGUGACAUCCCCGACGAGGACCAGGAGUGAAGCGUUUUCCCCCCAGGGUAUUCUAAUCUAUAUGUCCGCACAGACUUCUUGCGCAGGAGAAACGAGGGAAAGUUGGG